UGCAUCAAUUUGAGCGCUCAAGGGUCAGCAAAUAGAAGUAGCACCCAAUCACACCAGUUUAUUUUUAGUGGUGCUGAUACGCGCGAGAGGGAUUCAGUGAAGUCGCACUGCGCAACAAUGAUGGACAACAUUUCGAACUGAGUGAAAGGAUAAAGUUUGGAAACAGCUUUAGAACUUUACUCUUUAGUGUAGCUUUAAAAUUACUUCGAAACGCAGUGGUCAUUGGAAACGUUGCUGUGCAGCGCAAUGGCUGCCCAGUGCGAUUCUUUGAGCGGAUACUUGCACCAGUCGGACCAGGGCUCAAACAGCGAGCGCAGUGACUCCCCAAUCCCCGGAUCCGAAGAUGACUUGAGCGGACCCCAUGUUUUACCAGACCCAGAGUGGACGGAGGAAAGAUUUCGAGUUGACCGCAAGAAAUUGGAAGUCAUGCUACUAGCAGCCACCGAAGGAAGGAUCAACGGAGGGGAGGAUUUCUUCCAGAAGGUGAUGGAUGAGACCACAACACAGAUAGCCUGGCCUUCCAAACUGAAGAUCGGAGCCAAGUCCAAAAAAGACCCCCACAUCAAGGUGUGUGGAAAGAGGGACAAUGUGAGGGAAGCCAAAGACAGGAUCAUGUCGGUCCUGGACACCAAGAGUAACCGCGUCACCCUGAAGAUGGACGUGUCCCACACAGAGCACUCCCACGUCAUCGGUAAGGGGGGCAACAACAUCAAGAAGGUGAUGGAGGAGACCGGCUGCCACAUUCACUUCCCGGACUCCAACCGUAACAACCAGGCGGAGAAGAGCAACCAGGUGUCCAUUGCUGGCCAGCCUGCAGGAGUAGAGGCAGCACGGGCCAAAAUCCGAGAGCUGCUCCCUUUGGUCUUGUCGUUCGAGCUCCCGGCCCAGCCAGACCCGUCCUCGCCCGCCGUGCAGCACAUCUCCCAGACGUACGACCUGAACGUGUCCUUCAAGCCCCCCGGACGCCUCUACAGCUCCACCGCCGUGGUCCGCGGCUCCCAGAACAACGCCAGCGCCGUCAAGAGAGGCACCGCCAUCCUGCUGGAGCACCUGACGGGCAGCCUGGCCGGGGCCAUCUCCGUCUCCACCCACCUGGACAUCGCCCCCCAGCACCACCUCUUCAUGAUGGGCCGCAACGGCAGCAACAUCAAACACAUCACCCAGCGCACCGGCGCCCAGGUCCACUUCCCCGACCCCAACAGCCCCCAGAAGAAGUCCACCGUCUACAUCCAGGGCACCAUCGAGUCGGUCUGCUCCGCGCGACAGCACCUCAUGGGUUGCCUGCCCCUGGUGCUGAUGUUUGACAUCAAAGAGGACAUCGAGGUGGAGGCCCAGUACACCACCGCUCUGAUGGAGCAGCUGGAUGUCUUCAUCAGCAUCAAGCCCAAGCCCAAACAACCCAGCAAGUCUGUGAUCGUGAAGAGCGUGGAGAGGAACGCGGUCAACAUGUACGAGGCCAGAAGGUUCCUCCUGGGUCUGGAGAACCCCGGCAUGUCCUCCACCUCCUCCUUCUCGUCUGUGGCCGUGUCCCACACCAACGCUCCCUCCCUCAUCGGCCUGGACAUCCUGGCCUCAGCUGGACUGGGGCUGAGCAGUCUGGGUCUCCUGGGGGCGUCCGUGCCCCACUCCCUCAGCAGUUCCCCGCUCCCCAACUCUGUCCUCAACAGCCUGAACUCCUCCAGGAGCGCCCUGCAGAGCCCCAGCGCCCCCUCUCCCUCGCCCUCCCUCUGGGCCAGCUCGCUGUCCGCCUCCCAAGCGUUCUCCUCUUCUCUGCUGAUGCACCCUGCCGCCCAGGCCACCCUCAGCAGCAUCCUGAUGUCCGGGGUGCAGGGCUACGGCCAGAACACCCCCCCCCCCCCGCCAGGCCUGGCCCCCAUCGACAAGCAGACCAACGGGGCCCCUGACUGCACCAAGGGCCCCUGCACCCUCAAUGGGCACGUGAAGCACCCCAGCUCAGUGUAUGGGAGGAUAUCCACUGCGUCGCGGGCAGACACAGGCCUGAACCCAAACCAGUGUGACUCCGUCCAGGAGACUAGUGGCCACACCCCCUCAGAGCCCAUGUCCAGCAAGUCCAACCAGGACGAAGACUCGGACACUUUCGUUGAAGUGGGCAUGCCCAGGAGCCCGUCUCACUCGGCCAAUGGGAACGAGCUGAAGCAGAUGCUGGCUUCCUGUAAGACGUCGUCAGGGAAACGGCAGGCGGUGGAGCUUCUGCAGGGGACCAAGAACUCCCAUCUCCACUCAGACCGCCUGCUGUCGGAUGCGGAGUGCGGCUCGUCCGACGGCGGUGUGGCUGAUAAGAGAGCCCCGGGCAGCGAGCGGGCGGCCGAGCGGGCAGCACAGCAGAGCGAGCGAGAGAGGAACCGCCUGACGCCUCAGGCCGCCUUCGCCAACAUGCAGGCGUUUGACUAUGAACAGAAAAAACUUUUAGCAACCAAAGCCAUGCUGAAGAAGCCGGUAGUGACGGAGGUGAGGACUCCCACCAACACAUGGAGCGGUCUGGGGUUCUCCAAGUCCAUGCCUGCUGAGACCAUCAAGGAGCUCCGCAGGGCUAACCACGUUCCCUACAAACCCUCCAUGAGCACCACCUUCGAGGGCUGUCCCCUGUCCUUGUCUCGCUCCAACAGUCGCGAGUGCAUCGGCAACGGCAGCGACUCAGACAAUUGGCGGGAACGGAAUGGAGGGGGCGUGGGCGGGCUGCCCGGACACCCAGAGUUCCCCGCUCCCGUCGGCAGCCCCAAGAGGAAGCAGAACAAGUCUGCUGCGGAGCUCUACCUCAGCAGCAGUAACUACAUGGACUGCGUCUCUUCGCUCAGUGGCAGCAACGGCUGCAGCCUCAACUCGUCGUUCAAAGGCUCUGAGCUGCCGGAGCUGUUCAGCAAGCUGGGUCUGGGGAAAUACACUGACGUGUUCCAGCAACAGGAGAUCGACCUGCAGACGUUCCUCAGCCUGACCGACCAGGACCUGAAGGAGCUGGGCAUCACCACGUUCGGAGCCCGCCGAAAAAUGCUGCUCGCCAUCUCAGAACUGAAUAAGAACAGGCGGAAGCUGUUUGAACCACCCAUCAGGUCCUCCUUCCUGGAAGGGGGCGCUAGCGGCCGUCUGGCUCGGCAGUUUCACGCUGACAUGGCCAGUGUUAGCGGCCGGUGGUAGGCCUCCAGGCACCCCCGGUACCCUCCAUGAUGGGCCCCAAGACAGGGCCUCCUUCUGGGCUUCUGACGCCCACUCUGCAGCCUCUCUGGGUGCUCGGCUGAUGGUGCCUGAUCUUAGAAUGUUUAACUGUUUUGUAUCCAAAAGAAGCCAUAGUUUACCCAAAAGUGUCAUUAGGAAAUAAGGGAUGUCUCAGAGAUUUAUGAAGUUCAGUCUUACUCCGUGUGGUUCCUAGAAGUGGACCAUAUGUGGGGCAUUUACACAUGACGGCUAUUGUGUUUGUCAUAAAGGUUGCUGUCAAGUAUUUUGUACAGUAUUUGUUGAAGUGAAUAGGUGGAAUGAUUAGUACAAUCACAUACAUUGAUACCAUCUACUUGCAUAGUAUGCUGUUGUAUCAAUUACAUGCACUUUACCCAUACUAGACUUUUACCUGUGAAAGCCAGAUUCCUCAAAUUGGAAUUCAUUUUGCAGUUUGUAUUGGCUCGCAUCACAGAUGUAUUUGUACCAAGCCAAUUGUUAGCACUUAUCGCAAGUAGUAGGAAUAAGGUAAUAACGUCUAAGUGCCAAAGUGACUUCAACUCAACACCAGAGGAAUGACCUUUAACCCUUCUUGAUGUUCCUGUAGAUUUACAGAUCAGUAUUGCAACCAGUCAGCUGCUAUGGUUGGCCUGCAAUCUGUCACACAUAUUUUAGAAAGCCCCAACAGUAUUUUAUAUUCAUUUAUUGAUUAUUUUAUCCUCAUUGUAGGAGGGGGGAGGGGGAGGUACGGUAAUUGGUUUACAUGUAUUAUGUUGUGUUUUCCAUUUUUUUACCUUUUUAUAAGUUUCCGAGAUUCGUAAUUAAUUUCUUUGUUGUGUUUUUAUGGUAAUGUUUUCACCUUGUUAAAUGCAUUUGUGGAGCUUUGUGGCUGUGCCAUUAGACCAAAGUGGAGAGCGAGAGCGAAACAGAAGUAGAGAUAUAUCUGUCAGUACCUUACAGUAGGUCUCUUUCUCUCUGAAUAUGGUUGGCAGUUUUCUGUGGUUCUCUUAGUGUGUCUAGUUAUCUGUCUGUGGGCUGUUAGUUUGCCUCUGCAUGUCUCUGUGUAUGGAAUCCAUUCAGCAGACGAGCCUCUUUAGGGAUCUGGAUCCUAGAAACAGGAUAAUGUGUGCAGAGCGAUGGUGCUUAUCAUCAAAGUAUGUGGAUGCUGAGAAACUCCCCACGCUUAAUUUGUAAUAAUUUAGGAUGACUCUUAUGACGUGGUUUUGGAUGAGCCCUUUAACUAAAAAAGACAUCCAAAUUUAGUUGGAUUAAGCACUUAACUUAACCAUAACAUCUUCUAUGAUGGUCUGAUCAUAUACAUAGGUAUAUAUAUAUCGUUUAUAGGUAUAACAAGACUAUUUGAUUGCCAUAAAAUGUUUGUUGUGCCAAAAUGUAAGACUAUCUACUGACGACAAAGAAUAGUAGCUGUCUAGGUGGAUAUCAGGGGCGUUUUCACAAUGACAAGAAACUGCAUGAAACUGACUGCAGCCUACUCCUGUCGCUGUAGUCAAGGUUUUUUGGUCCUUUUGUAUUACAUUAAGUAUAAAAAGGGAUUGAGAAGACCAAUAAGUAGAAUAGAGAGGACUGAUCAAUUUCACUCAUCAUGGUACCAAACUGAGCACUGAUUCAAGAUGUCAGUGCUGUUAACUCGCACUCAGCAGGUGUAUUUGUUAUCACUCAAGUGAAGUCUGCUCUAAGGGAAAUUUUGAUUUAAACUGUCAUGUUAAUGGUGUUACGAAUGAUUUAUGUGGUUUAAUGAAAGGACUUAUUUGCAUUCAACGUUUACCAGGAGCCUGUCCAGCAACCCCUCUACAGUAUGGCUAUGCAAUUAUGUCUUUCACGUUUAUGUUGUACUCAUGUUCUAUACAAAGGUUUGAAAGGGUCUAUUUUGUACUGUGUUCAAUAAAAUGGUACAUUUAUAAUGAAUGUAAACCACUAAGGAAUUCCAUAUGUUCUUACUUAGCUUUUGUGCAAAAGCUUCAUCCUUGAACAACAAUGUGUAUGGUUGUGUAAUACAUCUGUUUUUGUGUUAAAAACAGAAAGGUACAGUUUUACAUGACAAGGUCAAUCCCAGCCUUCUUGGAGAAACACGCCAUUGUUUUGUACGAUGGCUUCUGUUGACCCAGCUGUUAUGCAUUGUGUUCACUCUGGUAGUACAUCUGUCAAUACACAGAUACCAAUAGAGCAUUGUUGUCAAAUUAACAAAAAAUACAAGUUUCUUAUUGUUAUUGCAAUAAAUGUAAUAAGUAUGUGGA